AUUUCAUUUCGGGUCUUUUACAAAUUUUAUGGGUCCCCGUUUAAAAGCGAUACCCCGCUGUCUGUAUCGAAUGUAUUAACAGGUUCUUCCCUUAUGGCAGAAGCGCAGGUCACGUCUGUGUUCGCUUAGCGGAGUGAGCACUACAAUGCAGGAGGAACUCCGAAUUGGGGACAAUGCCGUCAGUAUACGCACGGUUACCGGCCCCCCAUCACCCUUGCAUAGAUAAGCAGGUUCUUAUUUGGGGAAUGCAAAUGAGAUGAUGCAUUCAAACGCAGACGUAAAGAUUUGCUCAUAUGAUUUGCAUUCAAGUUUGGAAAUAAAAACCGAGGGGAGGAGUGCGACGAGUAUAUAAAACAGGAGGCGUACUUCACUCCGCGGAGCGCGAAAUCCCUAGACAGCAGACCUAACAAAUGUUGAAAGCCAAGCUGCAGAUCCUUCUGGCCCUCUUCCUAGAAGCAGAUGCUUUAUUGGAAUGGCCUGGACAGUACACUUACCAGCGUGAAGACCCAGCCAGCGGCCAGAUGCUGACCUGUGACCGCUGCCCCCCCGGGGAGUACCUGGUGCAGCACUGCACGGCGACCCACAAGAGUCAAUGCGCGCCAUGUCCAGAAAAGCACUACACUCAGUACUGGAACUACAUCAGCAAGUGUCAGUACUGCAACGUGUUCUGUAAGGAGAAUCAACACGUCAAAGAGGAGUGCAACCGCUUCCAGAACAGGGUCUGUGAGUGCGACGAGGGCUACUACUGGGACCACGAGUUCUGCAUCAAACACAUGGUGUGUCCACCCGGAUAUGGCGUCAAGCACAAAGGCACGCCGCACACCAACACCGUCUGUGAGAAAUGCCCGCCUGGAUAUUUUUCUUCAGUAAGCUCGAGCCAAGAAGCCUGUGAAAAGCACACAGACUGCAAAUCCCAACUGCAGAUUUUGAAUGGAACGACGUGGCACGACAAUCUCUGCAUUUCUUGUGAGAAUCUCAGAUCAACAGGUGUCCUUUCCCAAUAUGAAGAUAUCCUGUCAGAGUUUUUGGCCCGGCAGAAUCUCGAUCACAAGAAGCUGGUGAAGCUCGGCCGGACCCUCCUCAAAGAGCAGGGGGAGAACGUGGUGUACAGAGAACAGCAGCACGACUCCCCGAAGGAGCUGAUAAGGUCCUACGUCAAGAACUGGUCGGCUCUACAAACCGCUCACAGGCUCAUCCCAGACGAGCUCAUAUCAAAGCUGGAAGAAGCAAACCUGCAUGCGGUCGCCCGGAGGCUGAAGAGGAAAUUCCUUAAGAUCCGACUGGAUGAAACUCUGAAGCUCAGUUACUGUUUAAAUGCAGGCACUGACAGAAACUGACCGUGGCUGCCGGGCACUGCCAUUCUUGGAAAAAGCACUUCCAAUGUAGCCAACUUUUUAAUCAACUCCGUGUGGGAUUCUGUUGCACGCCAUCGUCUGCACUUUAGGACCUGGGCCCAGAAGGUGCCCCCCGAUGAUGAUUUUAUUAUUUUUAUUAUUUUACUGAUUGUAACAAUUACUUCAAAAUGGUUGUUAGUGUGCCUGAUAGGUGAAGGCUCCAGUGUUUGAAUUCUGUGUCCAUGGGACAUUUGUGUGUAAGCCCGAGUCUGUCUGCAUUGGUUACUCCCAUUCACACAAGUCAGGUGGAUUAGACCAUCCAUACUGUGAUAGGCUGGGGGUCUGUUUCCACCACCAUAGAUUAGAUUAAGCAUUAAGGAUUUUAAGAGAAAUGUCCAGACUUGUAUGAGCUUGUAAGGAUUUCUUUUUGCACUAUAAGCCCCCUUUAGCCACAUAACAGCUGGUCUGUAUCCAGUGAGUGGCGGUGGGAUGUCCCGUGUGCCCGCAGUCAGAGGCCUCUUCCCUCUCUAGUUAUAACUGAGGAUGGUCAUACGGCAAGUGAGGACACAGCAUAUAACAGGCAUUGCAUUUGUCAUUUCAACACGUGGAGCAUCGGAAACAUUCAUAGUUAUCAAAUGAAUUGCUUUUUGUCAUUCCUAGAGAUUGCACUUGGCAUUCAUUAAUACUGCUUUUGCGAAUCCAAGGGUACAUAACACAGGCAUAUGCAUAGCAUUUUCCAUUCCAACAGACCAUGCAUCACAAACAUUUUUAGUAAUAAAAUGCAUUGCAUGUGUCAUUCCAACAGAUGGCCCAUCACAUACAUUAAUACUGUAAUGAUGAAUCCAAGGGUACAUAAUGGAGACAGUCGCAUUGCAUUUGCCAUUCCAACAGAUGGUGCACCACAAACAUUUUUAGUAGCAAAAUGCAUUGUAUGUUUCAUUCCAACAGAUGGCAGAUCACAUGCAUUAAUACUCCUUUUACGAAUCCAAGGGUAUAUAACAGAGACAGUUGCAUUGCAUUUCUCAUUCUAACAGAUGGCGAAUCACCUACAUUAACAUUGCUUUUUUAAUCCAUUACCAAAGGCAUACAACAGAGACAUACAGUAUGUAUUGCAUUUGUCAUUCCAACAGAUGGCACAUCACAUGCAUUAAUACUGCAAUGAUGAAUCCAAGGGUACAUAAUGGAGACAGUCGCAUUGCAUUUGCCAUUCCAACAGAUGGUGCAUCACCUACAUUAACAUUGCUUUUUUAAUCCAUUACCAAAGGCAUACAACAGAGACAUAAAGUAUGUAUUGCAUUUGAUAUUCCAACAGAUGGCACAUCACAUGCAUUAAUACUGCAAUGAUGAAUCCAAGGGUGCAUAACAGAACAGUUACAGUGCAUUUAUCAUUCUAACAGAUGGUGAAUCACCUACAUUAACAUUGCUUUUUUAAUCCAUUACCAAAGGCAUACAACAGAAACAUACAGUAUGUAUUGCAUUUGUCAUUCCAACAGAUGGCACAUCACAUGCAUUAAUACUGCAAUGAUGAAUCCAAGGGUACAUAAUGGAGACAGUUGCAUUGCAUUUGCCAUUCCAACCGAUGGUGCACCACAAACAUUUUUAGUAGCAAAAUACAUUGCAUUUGUCAUUCCAACAGAUGGCGCAUCACCUGCAUUAACACAGCUUUUUUAAUCUAUUACCAAAGGCAUACAACAGAGACAUACAGUAUGUAUUGCAUUUGACAUUCCAACAGGUGGCACAUCACAAACAUUUGUAGUCCUAAAAUGCAUUUGACAUCCUAACAGAUGGUGCAUCCUAUACAUUAACACUGUUUUUUUAAUCCAUUAGCCAAGGCAUAUGGCAGAGUCGUAUGUAAUGUAUGUGCUGUGCUAGUAAUGCAUUGCAGUUAUUAUUCCAUCAGAAAGCACAUCACAUAUAUUAAUAUUGCUUUUACGAAUUGCAGGACAUACAACAGAGACAAAUGUGUUGCAUUUGCCAUUCCAACAGCUUGCGCAUCACAAACAUUUGAAGUAUUAAAAAGUAUCCUCACACCGCUUGUAAUACAUGCUUUACAAAAUACAUUCUGAUAGAUGGUGCACUGCAAAUGCUGAAAACUUCCAACAAAGAGUAAGUGCUGGACGGGCAAAAAUCAGCUUAUUAGAGUUCAAAGCAUCUUACAUGGCUAGUAGAGCAAGACUAUAAUAAUAGAAAUGAUCCGUUUAUAAAAUGUAUCAUUUAUUGAUUAUUUAUUCAUUUGGAGUACUGUAUGCAAUUCUGGUCUC